UUCCAUUCAUCUCCUCUCCAUUUUCUCACUCUAAAAUUCCUAGAGAGAGAAACUGAAUCUUCUUCUUCCUCACUCGUUUCUUCAGUUCAGAUCUGAAACUUGAUCUUCAGUCAUGGCUCUUGUAGUAGAGAAAACCUCAUCAGGCCGUGAAUACAAGGUCAAAGAUAUGUCACAAGCCGAUUUCGGUAGACUCGAAAUCGAGCUUGCUGAAGUUGAGAUGCCCGGAUUGAUGUCUUGCAGAACUGAAUUCGGUCCAUCACAACCAUUCAAAGGAGCCAGGAUCACCGGAUCACUUCACAUGACCAUUCAAACCGCCGUCCUGAUCGAAACUUUAACUGCACUCGGUGCUGAAGUUCGUUGGUGUUCAUGUAACAUUUUCUCAACUCAAGAUCAUGCCGCCGCUGUCAUCGCACGUGACUCAGCUGCUGUUUUCGCCUGGAAAGGAGAGACUCUACAAGAGUACUGGUGGUGUACCGAGAGAUCUCUAGAUUGGGGUCCAGGUGGUGGUCCAGAUUUGAUUGUUGAUGAUGGUGGUGAUGUAACACUUUUGAUCCAUGAAGGUGUUAAAGCUGAAGAGGAGUUUGAGAAAACUGGGAAAGUGCCUGAUCCUACUAGCACCGAGAAUCCUGAGUUUCAGAUUGUAUUGAGCAUUAUUAAAGAAGGAUUGAAAGAAGAUCCUAAGAAGUACAGUAAGAUGAAGGAGAGAUUAGUUGGUGUUUCUGAGGAGACCACCACUGGUGUUAAGAGAUUAUACCAGAUGAUGGAGAAUGGUACUUUGUUGUUCCCUGCUAUCAAUGUUAACGACUCCGUCACCAAGAGCAAGUUCGAUAACCUUUAUGGAUGCCGUCACUCACUUCCUGAUGGUCUCAUGAGAGCCACUGAUGUAAUGAUUGCUGGUAAGAUCGCUGUUGUUGCCGGAUACGGAGAUGUUGGAAAGGGAUGUGCUUCUGCUCUCAAGCAAGCUGGUGCCCAGGUCAUUACCACCGAGAUUGAUCCAAUCUGUGCCCUUCAAGCCCUCAUGGAAGGUAUCCCAGUUCAGACCCUUGAAGAUGUCGUAGAUAAGGCUGAUAUCUUUGUCACCACCACUGGGAACAAAGACAUUAUCAUGCUUUCUCACAUGAGGAAGAUGAAGAACAAUGCCAUCGUCUGCAACAUCGGACAUUUCGAUAAUGAGAUUGAUAUGGCUGGUCUUGAGACAUUCCCCGGUGUUCAGAGGAUCACAAUUAAGCCCCAGACUGACAGGUGGGUAUUCCCUGACACUAAAAGUGGAAUCAUCAUUCUUGCUGAGGGUCGUUUGAUGAACUUGGGAUGUGCCACUGGACACCCUAGUUUUGUCAUGUCAUGCUCGUUCACCAACCAGGUCAUUGCUCAGUUGGAAUUGUGGAAUGAGAGAAAGAGUGGAAAGUAUGCGAAGAAGGUUUACGUUUUGCCUAAGCAUCUUGAUGAGAAAGUUGCAGCUCUCCAUCUUGGAAAGCUUGGAGCUAAGCUCACCAAGCUCACCAAGGAUCAGUCUGACUACAUCAGUAUUCCUAUUGAAGGACCAUACAAGCCAGCUCACUACAGGUACUGAGAAAAGAAGGAAGGGAUGCAGCUCACUACAGGUACUGAGAAAAGAAGGAAGGGAUUGAUGUUGGUUUCUAUUUGGCAUGCUUGGUCUUUUAUUUUUUUUGUUGUCUUGAGAUCUUAGGUUAAAUUAUUUUGUUAAGCUAGCAAUGUUCGGAUCUCGAGUGGAGAGUGCUUGAUUAAGAUUUUGGUUUCUUCUUUAUGAAAAAUAAGGUAGGUUUGUAGUACUAUAGUUGUUUUAUGUCUUAUGUUGAUUAUUGUGAUGGAUAGUUUUUGUUUUUAAUUUUGCAGUAUUUUGUGCUCGA